CCUGAGAUGGGGGUGUUACCCGGAGCCUGAGCUCGGGCACUGAGCUGGAGCUGAGGCUCGGAAGCGGCUCAGUAAAGUUGUCGGCUGUCUGGGAUGCCGCGAAGCCCGGGUGUGAGAUACAGGAUGGGGAGGGCAGCCAGGAUCGAAGGAAACGGGCGAAGGGGACGCCAGGGCCUGACACCGAGUAGGCGUGGGGCAAGCGCCGGUCAGCUCAGAGGGUGACAGGUCAUCCACUGGAGCUUGGCUUGUGUGUCACCGUGGGGUACAUUUCACCGACUCUGCCUUCAGCUACGCGGCGUGCGGACCCGGCUUCCCACUCACUACCCAGCGCGCGCGCGCGAUCGCUUCUAAGCCCUGACGAGCAGCGACAGCCCCUCCGCGGCUCCUCCCACGGGAGUGGCUUUCUCCAGGGCUUUUUCACUUCUCGCCGAUCAUUCCUCGCACACGCUGCAGCUUUCUUUUGCCUUGGAAAACCACAUGAUUUUGAUGGUUUAGUUCUUUGUUUCUUUUAAGGCCGGUUUCACUAUGUAUCCCUGUCCGGCCCCCAAAUCACAGAUCUGCCUGCUUCUGCCUUUCACUGCGUGCGCCACCUCGCCGAGCUAGCCACCCUCUUCGGACUGCCCGAGUCGUUGUGCUUGUCCUUCCCUGUUCCCCAAAGAGCGUGCAUGAGCUUCGCGGGUCGGGACCGCGUGAAUAGGCGUGCGACCCCAGCCCACUAAGCGGCCAGGGGACAGUGCUCCCUUAGCUCUCUCCCCGUUCGUUGAUGAGCGCGUAAGAGGGACGGUCCACGCGCGGGCCAAGCCCCCCACCUACUCGCCCCACGCCUGCCAGACACUCCGGCCGAAGGGGAGGGAACAAGCCGCCUGUUUGGCCACCGCGGCCAGGUGGGCUCCACCUUCAGCCCGGGACCCGCCCCAUGCCCGCACACACCCUUUCGGCUCGGCCGCGCUCCCGGCAUCCCUCACGCGUGGACGCUGGACUUCCGGACCUGGGCGGAGCCCCUGGGUUUGGCCGAUUGCGUCUUCCCGGCCCAAGCUUUCCAGCACCCGGUGCCAGGGGCCAUGGAGCCCCGGGCAGUUGCGGAUGCCUUGGAGACGGGAGAGGAAGACGCAAUGACCGAAGCUCUGCAGUCGUUCAACCGGGAGCACUCCCAGAGCUUCACCUUCGAUGAUGCCCAACAGGAGGACAGGAAGAGACUCGCAAAGCUGCUGGUCUCCGUCCUGGAGCAGGGCUUGUCACCAUCACACCGAGUCACCUGGCUGCAGACUAUUCGAAUCCUGUCCCGAGACCGCAGCUGCCUGGACUCAUUUGCCAGCCGCCAGAGCCUCCACGCUCUAGCCUGCUAUGCUGACAUCACCAUCUCAGAGGAGCCCAUCCCACAGCCCCCAGACAUGGAUGUCCUCCUUGAGGCUCUCAAAUGCCUGUGCAAUCUCUUGCUCAGCAGUCCGACAGCACAGAUGCUAGCCGCAGAGGCUCGCCUGGUGGUGAGGCUAGCCGAGCGCGUGGGACUCUACCGCAAAAGGAGCUAUCCCCACGAAGUCCAGUUCUUUGACUUGAGGCUCCUCUUCCUGCUAACAGCCCUUCGCACUGAUGUGCGCCAGCAACUGUUUCAGGAGCUGGAUGGCGUGCGCCUGCUGACGGAUGCGCUGGAACUGACCCUGGGGGUGGCCCCCACAGAAAAGCCCCCAGUGGUACUUCCGGCACAGGAGACCGAGCGGGCCAUGGAAAUCCUCAAAGUGCUCUUUAACAUCACCUUUGACUCUGUCAAGAGGGAGGUGGAUGAGGAAGACGCUGCUCUUUACCGGUACCUGGGGACCCUUCUGCGGCACUGUGUGAUGGUUGCUGUUGCUGGAGACCGCACGGAGGAGUUCCAUGGCCACACGGUGAACCUCCUGGGGAACUUGCCCCUCAAAUGUCUGGAUGUCCUUCUCGCCCUGGAGCUACACGAAGGAUCCUUAGAGUUCAUGGGAAUCAACAUGGAAGUGAUCAGUGCCCUUCUUGACUUCCUUGAGAAGCGUCUGCACCAGACCCACAGGCUGAAGGAGUGUGUGGCACCUGUACUGAGCGUGUUGACGGAAUGUGCCCGCAUGCACCGUCCUGCCAGGAAGUUCCUGAAGGCCCAGGUCCUGCCCCCUCUGAGGGAUGUGAAGACGCGGCCUGAGGUGGGGGACCUACUUCGAAACAAGCUUGUCCGUCUCAUGACUCACCUGGAUACAGAUGUGAAGAGGGUAGCUGCUGAGUUCCUCUUUGUCUUAUGCUCGGAGAGUGUGCCCCGAUUCAUCAAGUACACAGGCUACGGGAAUGCUGCCGGUCUCCUGGCUGCCAGGGGCCUCAUGGCUGGGGGCCGGCCCGAGGGCCAGUACUCAGAGGAUGAGGACACCGACACAGAGGAGUACCGGGAAGCCAAGGCCAGCAUCAACCCUGUGACCGGAAGAGUGGAAGAGAAGCCACCCAAUCCUAUGGAAGGCAUGACAGAGGAGCAGAAGGAACAUGAGGCCAUGAAGCUAGUGAACAUGUUUGACAAGCUCUCCAGGCACAGAGUCAUCCAACCCAUGGGGAUGAGUCCCCGAGGUCACCUCACUUCUCUGCAAGAUGCCAUGUGUGAGGCUAUGGAGGGACAACUGUCCUCAGAUCCCGACUCAGACCCUGACUGAAGAUGGCGGCGGUUUUGCUCCCCUUCAGACCUGGUGCUGCUUCCAGACGUGUCCUUGGGGUGCUGCCUAGAGAAGCCACACUCUCUCUAGCAGGGGAGCCUUUCUCUUUACUCCCCACACUAUCCAUGAUUUGCCUUUGGUCCAGUUUCUUGUGUUUAGGACUGUGGUAGUCGUACUCUGUGAAGACUGGGAAGCCACCCUUCAUUUCCACAAGUGAAGUUGUUUCUUUGAUAUUUGCCAAGCAUAUGUCGUGGCUGCCGACAUGGGCAGAGCUGCCUUGGCACAUAAAUGAACAUGCAUGUAUGAGGGUGGUGACUUAGUGGGUGUACACUGUGUAGGCAUGUCUGGGCUGUGCCAGCCCAGAGCCCAUGUGUGGGGCAUAUGCUGUGUUUCACUGUUUAAAUGUGCCAGGAAACACACAGAGCACCCCAGUUCCUACUUGUGGUCCCACUGAGCACAGGACCAGUGGCCUCUUCUAGGUUCUUGGUCCUGGUCCAACCACCGCUGCAUUGUUCACAUACCUGAGCCUCACUGGCUGAAAGCUCAGUCAGUCACAGCACUGGUGUGAUUGGUGAAGGCAAGGGUUGUAAGACAAAGUAAAAUCUGAGAUUUCUGAGGCACAGACUAAAGAGAGUCUGGGACAAGACUGGAUAUCUGUGAAGUAGCCAGGUGAAAGGAUAUUAAACAGAAACUAAUUCCAUUCUCUUAGAAUUUAAGAUUUCCUAGAUCAUGGCACAUCUGCUGUUGUUGGAGAACAAGGAUAGGAGGCCCCAUUCCCUGGAAUCUGCUGCUGGUCUGCCCGUCAGCCCUGGUCAGAAUGGGUGCAGUAACAGGAGGUACUUCUGCCUGGGAAACAGCCUGCACUAUAUCCUCUGGGUAGGAGCAGAGGAGGAAGCAGCUGUGCUUAAUCAUAGCUGCACACAGGACAGGAAAAAUAGGAGAUGCAUGGGAUCUCCCAGAGUAAUUCCUGCCACUGGUUAUAGCACCGUUGCUGGAGAAGCCUGAGUGGAUAGCGGAAAGUGGCUUAGCAAGGGCUGGGCAGAUGGGACUCCUGAGGGUCUGUAGGAAAAGGAGCCUGAGUUAAUACAGGGUGAGUCAGUUCAGUCUUGUCACCCAAGAGGAUGACACCCACAUUACCUGAAAUAUGUUAGCGCUUACUGUCCUGAAGAUACAAAUGAAAGGAUGCCAAGUUUUAUACUAAAAUUUAUUUCAUGCGAGAAAUAAUUUUUUUUUUUUUUUUUUGCUUGUUUGUUAAAGAUGCCUCUGUAGAGAAGGGCAUGCUAGAUUACCCUAGUAUGUCUAUCCCUGGUCUGGCAAUGGAUGGACAUGCCAUGCUGCCCACUGCCAGAAAGGUGCACUCUACAUUGCAGGCUUCAGCAGUGGUGGGACACACGGAGCUCCUCUGCAGUGUGAUGGCAUGGCCCCAGGGUAAACAUCCUGGGCAGUCUUUCCGAAGCAGCUUCAGAAGACCGUUACCCAGGUCACACGUGGUUUGGCCCAGAUUUGUAAAUGUGUCCGAGCUGUUUUCAGGCAUGUCUCCCUGGAGAGGACCUCCUGUGUGACUUUCCCGCAGGUGACAAUAGUUUUAUCUGUCCUGUCCAUCCAGCUGGAACAGACAGGAGGUCAGUUAACUUCACACACACACAGGCUGCAUCCCAGACCUGGAGCAGUCAUUGAAGUCAAGUAAAAUACUUUAAAGUGAACAAGAAAAGGGAUCCCAGAAGGCCUAGCACAACAUGGGUGGCUAAAUAAAGACUGUUUUCCAAGAAAUGGCACCAGCGUAAUUCAGCCCUAAGAGCCAAAUUUUGAAACAAAAAGAUAAAAAUAAUACUGGUGGUUAUAUCUCAUCUCUGGAAGCAGUAAAUGCCAAGGCUCGUCCUAGCUUUUCUUUGGCCCAUUUCAUUAAGAGCUCAGACUAAACACAAGAGGCUGGGAGCUUUUGCCAGUGAAGAUGAGGAGACUGCUUGCUGGCCAUGGCCCAGAGCCACAAGACAGAUAAGGGGCUGGAAUUUUCUUAAGAUUCUAUCUUAGCAACAACAGAACAUCAGUUAUGAUAAUGAUAUAUUGUGGUGGAAUCCUCUGGGCCGUGCUGCUCUUGUCUAUAAUCAUAGAGUUGGGGGUUGAAUGCUAGCGUACCACUAUAGAAAAUAAACACAUAUAACAUAAUUCUCAUAGGAAAUCAUUUUCUGAGUCACAGAUACUAUAAAGUCUCAAAAGCAAAGUGUUCUCUGGCUUCCUAUUCCCAGUGGCUGUAAUGAAUAAUGACACUGAUUAAUAAAUCAUGCCUGGUUAGCUCUGUCCCA